AUGUUAAUAGCUCCUGAGAUGUACGUUUUCAACGCAGACAACAAAGUAUCCAAGAUUACCAACUUCAUAACUAUGUCGGAGUCCAAAUACUAUAAUGUUGACAUUGAUUUAUUUGUCAUUGAGUCAUCGGCGGAUGUCAAGGCGCUUUCUCUGAAGAAGAGGAAAUGUUCUCUAAACAGCAGGACCUUCUUGAGACGUCGCCAUCCGCUCCUGUCCUGUGCCUCGGGCUCCGCGUCCCUCCAACUCAGUCCUGCUGCCCGCAGCUCAGCGUCGACAGUGCUGCCAUGUGAGCACCGGCCGGCCACGUCGCCUGCUCCCGUGCGGCUUCCACUUGUAGACUCGACCUGCCAGGUGAACCAGGUGCCUUUCCCCUGCAUCAGCAUCUGUAACAUGAACAUGGUCUCCGUUAGAGAGACUGCCAAUAUCGCUGAACUUUUGAAGAAACACAACCGAACAGAAAAAGAGAUCGGUAAGUUCCUUGAAGACUUACCGAAACUGAAACACAAUAUAACGCCGUACGCGCACAACGCCACGGAUAUAAUGAACAUCCUAAAGGGAUAUUUCUAUACCAUGGACACCAUUAUGGAAGAGGUUAUUCAAAAAUGCGAAAACCUCUUGUUGUACUGCGAGUUUAAUAGAAAGGCAAAGCAGUGUACGGAUAUUUUUACUCUGAUAAAAACGGGGGAGGGCCACUGCUGCGCCUUUAACUACGCCGCCUUAAACGACGCAUCUGAACUUUCACUCCUGCCUCACGAUGACACCCUGGAGUAUUACGACGGCGACGAAGAAUCUGACCACGUGUCGGGCACCAUUAUCGCCACGUCAGAGUCUGGCAGUUCUCUCCUGCCUCACGAUGACACCCUGGAGUAUUACGACGGCGACGAAGAAUCUGACCACGUGUCGGGCACCAUUAUAGCCACGUCAGAGUCUGGCAGGACAUCGGGCCUUACCGUCGUGUUCAACGUCGAACCCGACGAUUAUCCCGGCUGGUCCCGUGCCAUCAACUACGGCGCGCUGAUUAUUAUAAAUGAUCCAAAUGACUUUCCAGAGACGUCUGCACGGGACACGUAUGUGACUCUAGGUACAUCCGUGGACAUAAAGGUGGAGCCAACAGUGUACCAGAGCGAAGCAGAUGUACGACGUGUAUCGCCCGCGCACCGCGCCUGCUGGUUCCAUGAUGAGGUGGAGCUGGAACAUACGGACCGCUACAGCUACGAGACCUGCGUCACCGAGUGCGUGAUGGCUAACUUCAUCGCCGAAUGUGGCUGCACGCCCUACAAGUACCCCCGAGGUUACCACUUAAGUUACUUCUACAUCCAACACAUGGCUGAUACUGUGCUAGACGAGACCUGCGUCACCGAACGAGACCUGCGUCACCGAGUGAUGGCUAACUUCAUCGCCGAAUGUGGCUGCACGCCCUACAAGUACCCCCGAAGUUACCACUUAAGUUCCUUCUACAUCCAACACACGGCUGAUACUGUACUAGACGAGACUUGCGUCAUCGUAUGGGAAUUGAAAAUAAACGGCAAAAGAAUACCCUGCGACCCGCCUUGCUAUGUGGAGUGCCGCGAUAAAGGCUACGCUAUAAGUAAAAACACCCUACCGUUCUAUGCUUCGGAACACCGUAAACUCAACACGAAAAGUGUAAACGUAGACCACCUCGCGUCAAUCAAAGUAUAUUUUGGAAAGUCUUCGUGCAGCUGCUACAAGCUUUCGUUGCUCAUGGACGCCAACUACUUCAUCGCAACUUACGGAGGCGUACUCGGCUUAAGUUUUGGAGCAUCGCUAGUAACUGCAGCAGAAGUAGUAUAUUUAUUAGUUAUUAUGAUCUCUGAAAAAAUAUAUCUCAUUAGAAAAAGCGGAAAACUGGGAAGAUUAGCCAAAGUUUCGCCCAAACGCACAUAA